AUGUUAGUCUUCAUUUUCAAGGAGCCGUUUCGAUGGGAUCAGCGUCUCUAUUCGAUUGUCCUACGCCUUAGCGGUGAUACACCGAUUACGAGGAUAGCUCCUGGUGUGAACAUUCCCUCAGACAACAGCCCUAUCGAUGCAAUGUGUGUUGCUACUGGAGGACGCUCCUAUUGCAUCACUUCACAUAAAAUGUUGUCCAGUUGUAUAGAAUCAAUUAUCCAGAAGCUGCAGCAGCAGGGCAUUGUUUUGCAUUUCGAAAAAAUUGGACCCGAUCCUCCGCCAAUUCCUGAUCGAGCAAACGGUCUAGUGGAAAAUUGCAAAAAAAAUGGUGAAUUGAAUUUGGAAAAAUUGUCCGGUGCUGAAAAUUGGCGUAGCAUUACAUGUAGUGUAUAUUCGCGUGCAUCACGUUCCUAUCCUGGCCAUUGGCCAAUCCCAGAAGCGUUCUGGCCUGAUCGAAACAUGACUGGAGUUCUUUGGUUUUCACUCCGGCUCGAGUUACCGCCAAGAACUCAACAGUCGGUGAGAGAUGUGGUGAUCUUUGAUCACCUUAAUUCAAAUGAUCAUUGA